AUGAUAACACAUAAGAGUCAAGGCCAAGCGCUUGGCAAAAUUAUCAUUGAUCUGGUCAUGCCACCUGGUCCAGUCGAAGUCACAUCGGUUUACGUUCCACUCUCACGAGUGAAACGGUUGGAUGAUUUACAGAUCAUAAGUCCUUUUGAAUUCGCAGCUCUUCAAGUGAAACCAUCAACAGCACAGCGCGAAGAGCUCGAAAGAUUGAAUCGAAUCGCAAAAACUACUCCAAAACGUUUUCCAAUAUCUAUGUGGAACAAACAUUUUUUAACAAUUACACGAUUUUCGAACUAA